AUGGGAGGAACGGCGCCGUCGCCGCUGCGCCGCCCAGGACAGCCAUCACGUUGCGUCGCCGUCUGCACCAGCGCCGAGGAAACCGCGCGGGAAGGAGAGACGCACGAAGGAGAGAGCGGAUUUGAGGCCGAGCUAAGGUCCAGCCACCGCGUCGGAGCCCUUUUCACGUCGCCGGCAUUGCUGUCGAGCCCUGACGCCAUUGAUGGAGGACGCCGUCGCGAGGAGAAGCGUCGCCUCGCCGUCGUUGUUGGUGAGCCCAACCGCUGCCGAUUUGGUCUGAGCGAGAGAGAGAACGCGAACAGAGGGCAAGCUGGGGAGCCACCGCUGCUGUUUGCUAUACCCACAGUGCUCCCUAUCACCUCCGCUAUCUGGAACUGCGCCGCCUUGCCUGGCUGCCGGGGAACGCCAUUUUCGUCGCCGGAAGAACACUGUUGCAGUCAUUUGAGUCGCGUAGAGGGAGAAAGAGCCACUGGGGGUCGCCGCACCUGGCCUUCGUCGCCUCUGUCACCGGAAACAGCCACCGAGUCCUCUGUUUUGGGUUGUGGAUUCGUGCUUGUAUUCUGUGCUCGGAGUUGUAGCCGCCUCGUUUUGUUAUCCGAAGCUGUUUAUGCUGCUGCAAAAAUGUGUGGGCUGUGCUUUGAAGCUGCCUUUGAUUUUGGGUGGAGGCGAAAAGGACUCGGUGAAGCGUUUGGGUUAUGAAAUUUGCAUUUUGAGGUAGGGGCGCUUUCCAAAAACUAUGUUUUAUGUAUUGGAAUUAUUACAUAUGGAUACUGAUGUGAGAUAUUGUGUAUUUGGUGAUUGUAUCUGCCUUAUGUAUUAUUUGAUUGACUUGAAUGAUUAUGGAUGUUGGUUUGGCUGAGUUGUUGUGCGGCUUUGUGAAAUAUAAUGUUUUGAAGUUGAUUAUUUAAGAUUUGAAAUCUGAGUUUAAACCGUUGAGGAUUGGUUUGAAUUGAGUCAAUUGUUUCAAUGAUGUGAAAAGUCGAAUGCACUUUUGAAUUCAGCCUGGUUUAUUUUAAUUGAUUUGGUUUUGGACAAAUGAUUUGUUAUUGAACCGUAUCUUUAAAGCUUUGGAAAUGAGUUAUAUCGAUUGAUAUUGAGUUGAUUUGAAAUGGUAUCCUUGAGAUACGCCACUGAGGCGAUUGUUGGAUUUAGCUUGCUUUAAAUUGAUUUCUGGUUUUGAGCUGUUGAAAAGGAAUGAGAAAUGGUUUAGUUGGGACCCGAACCGGGUGGCAAAAGUCCAAGUUUUAGGGGAGGUGCUGCCGAAAUUUCUA